AGAAAUCGACUUUCAAGUUGGGACACAAGCUGUUGAGCUAGCAUAUCACCAGUCAUUUAAGACCCUUAAAUAAGGGGUCUGUGAGCUUUUGCCUCCUGCUCUCUUUGAAAACUCGGUAGAAGAUGUCAGUUCUUAUUGUGACAAGCCUGGGAGAUAUUGUUAUAGAUUUGCACACAGAUCGAUGCCCCUUAACCACCAAAAACUUCUUAAAGCUUUGCAAGAUUAAGUAUUUUAAUGGGUGUCUGUUUCAUACGGUUCAAAAAGAUUUCACAGCACAGACUGGUGAUCCUACUGGAAAGGGCACUGGUGGUGAUUCCAUCUACAAAUUUCUUUAUGGUGAUCAGGCUCGGUUUUUCGGUGAUGAGAUCCAUCAAGAUUUAAAGCACUCUAAAAUAGGAACUGUUGCCAUGGCUAGUGCUGGAGAGAAUCUUAAUGCUUCUCAGUUUUAUUUCACAUUACGUGAUGAUCUUGACUAUCUUGAUGGAAAACACACUGUGUUUGGAGAGGUUGCAGAAGGUUUGGAAACCUUAACAAGGAUAAAUGAAGCAUUUGUGGAUGACAAAGGAAGACCGUACAAAAAUAUCAGAAUCAAACACACAUAUAUAUUGGAUGACCCUUUUGAUGAUCCUCCACAGCUAGCGGAGUUGAUUCCUGAUGCUUCCCCCGACGGAAAACCACAUGAUGAGAUUGAUGAUGAUGUACGGCUUGAAGAUGACUGGGUGCCUAUGGAUGAUCAAAUGGAUCCAGCAGUGCUUGAGGAGGUUCUUCGUGCAAAAGAAGCACAUUCUAGUGCAGUUGUUCUCGAGAGUAUUGGUGACAUUCCUGAGGCUGAGAUAAAGCCUCCAGACAAUGUAUUAUUUGUUUGUAAGCUUAACCCAGUUACUGAAGAUGAGGACUUGCAUACUAUCUUUUCACGUUUUGGAAAUGUGAUAUCGGCUGAUAUAAUUCGUGAUUUUAAGACUAAAGAAAGUUUAUGCUACGCUUUUAUUGAGUUCGAGACCAAAGAGGCUUGCGAAGAAGCAUACUUUAAGAUGGAUAAUGCAUUGAUCGAUGAUCGAAGGAUACAUGUGGAUUUCAGUCAGAGUGUUGCUAGAUUGUGGUCCCAAUACAGGCGGAAAGAGAAUCAAAUGGGUAAAGGAAGUGGUUGCUUCAAAUGUGGUGCUCUUGAUCACAUUUCCAAGGAUUGCACAGAAGGAAAUGGUACCAAGCAGCUACCUUCAAAAUACACAUUGAAAGAUGAGAACACUCAGCGAGGAGGAACAGAUACUGCAAGAUAUGAUAUGGUAUUUGACGGGGAUGCUCCACCAAAUUCAGAACAGCUCAAGUUGCAGCAAGAGUUUAAACCAGAAGACCAAAGGCAUAGAGAUCGUGAAAAGAAAGAUGGGCAUUGGCAUGAUGACAAAAGUAGACGGUACAUAGAGGAUGAGAGGAAGCGGGAUAGUAAAGAAAGUAGAGACUUCGGAAGAAAAGAUGUGGAAUAUCAUCGAGAUAGGUCAGAGACGGAGAAGCACAGAGAGAGAGAAAAUUACAAGGGACAUGAAAGCCGUGGAGACAGGAGGGAUGAGCGAGAUUAUAGGAAAAGAAGUGCAGAUGGAGAUGAUCGUGAAGAAAAGGACGAUCAGCGAGACAGCAAGGAUGAUCGAGAUUAUACAAAGAGAAGUUACAAUAGAGAUGGCCAUGGAGACAGGAGAGUGCAAGAUUAUAGGAAAAAAAGUGCAGAUGGAGAUGAUCGUGAAAAAAGGAACGAUCAGCAAGACAGCAAGGAUGAUCGAGAUUAUACAAAGAGAAGUACCAAUAGAGAUGGCCGUGGAGACAGGAGGGAUGUGCAAGAUUAUAGGAAAAGAAGUGCAGAUGGAGGUGAUCAUGAAGAAAGGAACGAUCAGCGAGACAGCAAGGAUGAUCGAGAUUAUACAAAGAGAAGUACCAAUAGAGAUGGCCGUGGAGACAGGAGGGAUGUGCAAGAUUAUAGGAAAAGAAGUGCAGAUGGAGAUGAUCAUGAAGAAAGGAACGAUCAGCGAGACAGCAAGGAUGAUCGAGAUUAUACAAAGAGAAGUACCAAUAGAGAUGGCCGUGGAGACAGGAGGGAUGAGCGUGAUUAUAAAAAGAGAAAUAUCGAUAGGGAUGGCCAUGGAGAGAGGAGGGACGAGCGAGAAUAUAAAAGAAAUAUUUGCAAUGAUCAUGAUAUAAAAAAUGACCGUCACAUGGAUAGAAGGCAUCGAGAUGACAGGAGAUGAUUGCAUGAGCUGGUUAAUCUUGUUUCGUUGCCAUACAGAUGGGAAUCCGUCUCUUGCUCCAAUCAAGGAAUGAAAUUUGUAU